AUGGAAGUGGAUCCGCCGCAAAUCAAUCUGAGCGAACUAACUGCUGAACUUGCCAAGCUUCUCCGUGCCGCCAAUGAAGAUGUAAGUUUAUUCUGAAUGGAUCUUCAAAAGAAGAAAUAACCAAACUCAGAGAAAAAAAAAACCUUUUGUGGCCACUUAAAAGGUCCCUCAAGUACCAGUCGAAAGAACUCUAAAGUGGUCACUAAAAGAAGCCAUCAUCCUUCAUCUUAGUGGCCACUGAAAUGUCAAAACCCUAAAGUGGUCUCUCAAAAAUUUUUCCAGAAAGUGGAGGAAAAGGUAUAAGUCUGAGAGAUCAGCAGAAGACUGAAGAGAGUUCAGAGAAAGAGAGUUUCUCCCACUUCUCUGGCGUCUCCAGACUUACAGGGCUCUCUAGUUUCUAAGUCUAAUCGCACUCAUUUUUUCUCGAUCUUGAAUAAAAGAAAGAAAUAUAUUAGAUUUUUUUUCUUAAAAAUUUUUUUCCUGUUUUUUUCUAUUUCUCCAUCUUGUUUCUGGUCAUUUUUUUCUCGAGCUUAUAGAAAAAAAUAAAGAGUGGUUAGGCGGCCGGAAGAGAAUUUAAAGAAAAUGAGUUUUUUCCGCUUCUCUGGCGUCUCUUCACCCCAUCUUUGUCUUUUUCCUAAUUUCGGUUGGUCAAGCUUCUCUGUAAACUUCAAGAAAAAUAAAAAGUGUUGAGUCCUGCUUGGACUUGAAGAGAGUUUAGAGAAAAAAAGCUUUUCUCAUUUCUCUGGGGUCUCUUCAGGCCGCCCUUGAUCUUUCGUUCCGAUUUUUAGCUCAAGUUUAUUAGGAAAGGUUCUCUGUUUUAGCCCAAGGGAAAAAGAAGAGAAAAUAAGCUUUUACUUAAAGAGUUUCGAGAUAAAAAUGUGUCUAUUUCUCUCAUUUUUCUGUUUUCAACUCCAUGGACAAGAAACGAGGGAUAAGCGGAGAAGUUCAGAAAGUGGAAAUUUCUUUUUCUCUCGCGUCUCUCUAGAUCACGCGUUUUCUUUCGCUUCCUCCUCAUUUUUUUAUGGUUUCGAAGUUGAAAAAAUUUUAAAGGAUGCCAAAAGACUGCUGACAAAAGUGCCGCAACUCCUACAAACGAAAGAUGAUUCGGGCCGUUCUGUUGUUCAUUUUGCCGCCGUCGGAGGCUGUGUUUCCAUCUUUCAGUAUGCUCUUCUGACCGAUCCUGGAGCUGCUGAUAAGCCUGACGAUGUGGGUAUCGAAUCAAAAAAUGGUUUUGAAAGGUCAAAAUCAUAAAAAUGAAGAAACGUUUUUUUCAGUUUGUUAAUGAAGGGUUUAGAAUUGGACUAUUUGAAAAGGAUUUCGAAAAAUCAGAUUCUUGAGCCUCUCUGUAAAAAGUCAUUUUUAGGCCUGAAUGUUUUGCGUUCUGGUUAAUUAAACCUAAAUUGGUUUUUUUCCUAUUCGUAUGAGCGUCUGAAAGAGAAUUUGAGAGAACUUUUAGGAAAUCUCUUUUUAAGUGAAAUAAGAGAUUUCGGGACUAUUUUGGGUGUUAGAUUCCAAAAUUAAACUUAAAAUUAAAAGAAAAGAAAAGAUUCGAUGAAAUAAUAUUUGGACUUUGUCCGCUUUUUUUCAAACUUACUUGCUACUCUUUUUAGUUGGGAUGGACGCCUCUGAUGAUCGCCGCAUCGGCUGGCAGAACCGAGCUCGUCCGCUAUUUAGUUGGACUUGCUCAGGUUGAUCGAUAAGUUAAGGAUUAGACAAAAAUAAGUCACUUUUUAGGUUAAUAUUUUGCAUCAGAACAAGAAUGGUCAGACGAGUCUCCACUACGCGGCUAGCAAAAAUCACCGGGAGGUAAACUCAUAAACUGAUUUUAACUGGGUUUUUUGGUAUUUUCGAAAAAAAAAAAAAACUCGUUUUCAAGAUCUCAAACCUAUGGCUACCACAAAAACUCCCUUAUCAGUCAUUUUAAAUGGAUAGCGGUAUUUGAGAGCAAAAAAUCACCUAUAGAUUCUCAAAAUUCUUCUUGACGCCGAAGCUGAUGUAAACGUCGCCGAUAAAUAUGGAGCAACGGCGCUCCACCGAGCAGCCAGCCAAGGACAUGAACUCGUGAGAUUCAGAUGAAUGGAAUGGAGGAAAUUUUUGAUUUAAGAUCGUCCGUUUGUUGCUCUCUCAGCCCAGAAUCAAAAUUGAUGCCAGAGACAGCGAAGGAAACACGCCGCUGUGAGUUUUCUGCAGAAGAAGCUUUGUUUAUAGACCUUCAUAGAGUUUUUUUUCGAAAAAGUUGACUUAAAAAGUUGUUUUCUAUGGAAAAAUUACUCUUUUUCUUUCUAGGCGAAGUCUCAAAUUUUUUUCGGGGGGUUCUUAACAGACAGCUAUUUUUAACUACAUUUUCGUGCAGAAGCUUUAAACCGUUUUUAUUUUCCUCUUAGAUUCGAAAGCCUCAGCUCUUUUCUGUUGGUAAAAGCUCACCUUCUAGCUAUUUUUGGACUCCAGUUCAUCCAGGAACCAACCGUGUUCAUCAUUCUCUUAGACAUGGGAUGAAUCUUCAAAUAUAUUUUUUCAUUGAUCGAUCUUUAGAUAGACCUUAUCCAUUUUUACAUCGAUUUUACGACAGUUCUGCUACUUGCAGACACUUGGCGUGUGACGAAAACCGUGAAGAAGUCGCGCUGAUGUUGGUGCAUCGUGGGGCGAUCGCCGACAUGAAAAAUAAGGUGUCCGAUGACACGGCAGCCUCGAUCUAAUCUGCCAAAGUUCAGGAGGAAAAGACGCCUUGGCAACUGGCUUUGAACAAAAACCCCGAACUGGCGGUCAAGCUGAAGAGGGCCUCCCAGCAAGUCUGA